AUGGCAAGAUCAGGUCAUUCCACUCAGUUGACUUCUAGAAGACACAGAACACAUCAACCACAGUCACAGAAGCUCACAGAAAAUGAAAUUUCAGAGCUGAAGAACUACCUUCCUGAGUGGACUUCUGCAAAAAGGAGCGAGAAACGGGGAGUUUUCAAUGCCAUAGCUCAAGCGGCCAGGUUAUUUGCUCCUAAGGUCGACCAAGGACAAUGGAAAAAGAGGAAGCAGAUGUAUGAAACUUGGUUGUUCAACAACAAGAAAAAGAAGGAAAGGAAGGACAUGAUUAAGUAUGGGAGGAAAUGGACGCCUAGGCAGGUGAUCUAUCAGCAGAACAGAGAGGAAGUGCUAAAGAGGAUCGAGGACAAGUUCGGGGCAAAGCCAGGAGGUCAAGACAUGUUCAAGCAUUAUCAAGCUGUGGUGAAGAAGGUCAUGGCCGAUUUGUCCGAGGAUGAGUUGGAGAAGGCGAAAGAAACCACCGAAGAAUGGUCCAACAACUUUCCUCCUCCUGAGACACAGGCGCAAGUCGCCCAUAAGAAGGGACCUACAAUGUGGGAUGAGAGCUUCAUGAAGACUAAGGACUGGGAGGACAUAGAGCCGGUUUGGCAGGAGUACGCGCAGGGAACAGUUCAGGAGGGCGAAAAAAGAAUGAAGAAACCAGUGUUUGAUCUGGAAUUGGACGGGGAUGGGAUGCCGUUGCUUCCGGACAUCACGGAAACAAAACUGGAGGAGAAGAAGGCCAUAGUGAGGGCUUUUCUUACAAAGCACUAUAGGAUCUGUUCUGGGAUUGACAAGGCCGUCGUGCCGUGGAGUGCCAUCAUACAAAGUCAGGAUGACUUUGUGGCCAGACAGUAUCUUCCAGAGGAUGAAAACUUGAAGGAGCCUUCCAAAUUGCAAAAUUGGGAUACCACCGCCUUGCUCAAUUUCUGGUAUGCUCGUCAGAAGAUGGGUGAAGGUCCAAUGUUCCUGUUCAAGGCAUGGAGGAACAAAGAAGGCGACAUGGUAGAUUCUGUUGUAUCCGAGAAAUCACCUCCUCGUCUGAAGCUUUCCACUGCCAGCCCCGAAGAGCUUCUGGGGAAGAAAGAUGCGAUUGAGGCACCGGCGAGAACAACUCGGAAGUUACUAGAGCAAGGGGCAAAAAGUAACGUACAUGUACCAUUGUCUCAUAUGUCACUAUCAAUGUUAUUCAAUUGGUAUUCAAUUUCCGCCCCACCACCUACACCCUCACCUGCAUCAGCUCCAAUUGCAUCUUCGAGUGCCCGCGUGCCUCAUGCAGCUCUUGAUGUCCCUAUGCCGGACCUCCAUUCCAUGGCAAGAAGCUCCAUGAGAGCCUUCGAUGCCAAACCAUGGAACCCCAUCCCUCAUUUCCCCUUCCCACCACUCCAGGCAAUUGCAACGUCUUUGUUGCUUGAUCAAUCCGUCACUGGAACAACAUCACCCUCCCAAUCUGCACUCCCUCCUCUCAUCGAUAUUUCAAUUGCAGUGGAGCCCACACCCUCGAAAAUUGAGGAUCCCUCUGCCAUCGAGGGUCUUUCAUUUGAGCUGAGCCAAGUUCAACCAGCCCGGGACCCAUCACCUACUCCCCCAACUGCCGGAGCAAUUUUGGUGCCGGAUGAUCCAUGCAACCUUGUCCUGGAAUACAAUUCUGGUGAUGAGAUGGAUGUUGAGAAUGAAAUCAUUGAGUUCCAGGUAACUAAUACCGACGUCCGGGUAACUUAUAUCGACAUCCGGGUAACAUCCAUCGACGUCCGGGCAACUGAUAUCAAGUUCCGGGCAUCGAGCACCAAGUUCUGGGUAACUAAUACCGACAUCCGGGUAACUGAUAUCGACAUCCGGGUAACUGAUAUCGAGUUCUGGGGAUGUCGUAAAUUGGACAAAUGA